AUGUCCGUCAUGUUGCAAACACCAUCCCGGGCCUCGACGGCCUCUUCGUCCUCCUUCCAGCCGAUUUCGCGGCAGAACACCAUGUCCUCCUAUGAUGGGACACGGUCAGCGCGGCAAUCGAAGCGGUAUUCGAUGUCGGCGCUCUACAUGUCCAUGUCGGCGAACGAGACAGAGCUGGAGAUAGAAGACGACCUGGCAAAAGCCCAGAAGACACUCCGCGACCUCAAGUCCAAGAUCUCGUCGCAAUCGAAAAAGAACUUCGUCCUGGAAAAAGACGUGCGAUACCUCGAUUCCCGAAUUGCCCUGCUCAUUCAGAACCGCAUGGCUCUGGAGGAGCAGAACGAAGUAGCAAGCCAUCUCGAAGAUGCGACAGACCUCCAAGAAGGAGCAUUCCCGAACGACGACAAGACUCAGAAAUAUGGCAACCUGCUGUUCCUGCUGCAGUCCGAGCCGCGGCACAUUGCACAUCUGUGCCGCCUGGUUUCCAUGGCAGAGAUCGACUCAUUGCUGCAGACGGUCAUGUUCACCAUCUACGGAAACCAGUACGAGAGUCGUGAGGAGCACCUCUUGUUGACCAUGUUUCAGUCCGUUCUGACCUACCAAUUCGACACGACGCCCGAAUACUCGUCUCUGCUCCGUGCCAACACGCCGGUCUCGCGCAUGAUGACCACGUACACCCGCCGAGGCCCUGGUCAGAGUUUCUUGCGGUCGGUACUGGCAGAUAGAAUCAACAGCCUGAUCGAGCUCCGGGACCUCGACCUGGAGAUCAACCCCCUGAAGGUGUACGAGCGCAUGUGCGAGCAGAUUGAGGAAGAUACCGGCAGUCUUCCCGCGUCGUUGCCUCGGGGGAUAACGGCAGAGCAGGCGGCUGAGAACGCCCAGGUCCAGGCCAUCAUCGAGCCGCGGUUGACUAUGCUGACCGAGAUUGCCAACGGCUUCUUGAACACCAUCAUUGACGGGCUAGAGGAGGCACCCUACGGUAUUCGCUGGAUCUGCAAGCAGAUCCGAAGUCUGACCAAGAGAAAAUACCCCGAUGCCAACGACCAAGUCAUUUGUACGCUGAUCGGAGGGUUCUUCUUCCUGCGCUUCAUCAACCCUGCCAUUGUCACGCCCAAGUCGUACAUGCUCAUCGAUGGCGUCCCCGCAGACCGUCCCCGCAGAACGCUCACCCUGAUCGCCAAGAUGUUGCAGAACCUGGCAAACAAGCCGUCGUAUGCAAAGGAACCAUACAUGGCGAAGCUGCAACCCUUCAUCCAGCAGAACAAGGACCGUGUCAACAGGUUCAUGUUGGAUCUGUGCGAAGUCCAGGAUUUCUACGAGAGCCUGGAGAUGGACAACUACGUCGCCCUGUCAAAGAAGGAUUUGGAGCUCUCCAUCACCCUCAACGAGAUCUACGCCAUGCAUGGUCUCCUCGAGAAGCACAGCGGAGAGCUAUGCAAAGACGAGAACUCGCACCUGGCGCUUAUCAUGUCGGAACUGAGCAGCGCUCCUCCUCAGGUUCCCCGAAAGGAGAACCGAGCAAUCAAUCUCCCUCUUUUCAGCCGCUGGGAGACCGCCAUUGGCGACUUGACUGCUGCCCUUGAUAUCACUCAGGAAGAGGUAUUCUUCAUGGAGGCCAAAACGAUCUUUGUCCAGAUCAUGCGCUCGAUCCCAGCUAACAGCUCGAUCGCCCGAAGACCACUACGACUCGAACGGAUCGCUGAUGCCUCUGCAACCUCGAAGAACGACGCUGUCAUGGUACGAAAAGGUAUCAGAGCCAUGGAGCUCCUCAGCCAGCUUCAGGAAAUGAAAGUCAUUGACAAGUCCGAGGGAUUCAGUCUAUUGAGAGAUGAAGUCGAGCAGGAACUUCAGCACCUCGGUUCGCUCAAGGAUGGUGUUCUGCUUGAGACCACGAAAUUGGAGGAAGUGUACAAAACUAUUCGCGACCACAACUCGUACCUGGUCGGUCAGCUCGAAACAUACAAGAGCUACCUGCACAACGUGAGAAGCCAGUCCGAAGGCACUCGUCGAAAACAGCAAAAGCAGCAGGUCCUGGGACCCUACAAGUUCACCCAUCAGCAAUUGGAAAAGGAAGGUGUCAUUCAGAAGAGUAAUGUUCCGGACAAUAGGAGAGCCAACAUCUACUUCAAUUUCACCAGCCCUCUACCCGGGACUUUUGUCAUCUCUCUACACUACAAGGGACGUAACCGAGGUCUUCUAGAACUAGACCUUAAACUAGAUGAUCUGCUCGAGAUGCAGAAAGACGGCCAAGAGGAUCUGGAUCUGGAAUACGUACAGUUUAACGUCCCGAAGGUCCUCGCGUUGCUGAACAAGCGGUUUGCCAGGAAGAAGGGGUGGUAG